AAUAUCCUGAGAGAGGAGCCUGGGGAGAGCCUUUAGAUUUGGUUCCGCGAUUCCAGUAGCCCUGCAAUCUUAGUGUAUCGCAACAAUGUCAGUAGCCGGGCUUAAAAAGCAGUUUUAUAAAGCAAGUCAGCUUGUGAGUGAAAAAGUUGGAGGAGCUGAAGGAACCAAAUUGGAUGAUGACUUUAAAGAAAUGGAAAAGAAAGUUGAUUUGACAACUAAAGCUGUUGCUGACGUUCUUGCUAAGACGAUUGAGUAUCUGCAGCCAAAUCCUGCCUCCCGAGCUAAACUGUCAAUGCUGAACACUGUGUCUAAGAUACGCGGGCAGGUGAAGAAUCCAGGAUAUCCACAGCCAGAAGGUGUUUUAGGAGAGACUAUGGUCAAGUAUGGCAAGGAUCUUGGAGAUGAAUCAAAUUUUGGUGAUGCUUUGCUGGAUGCCGGGGAGUCAAUGAAAAGGCUGGCAGAAGUGAAGGAUUCUUUGGAUAUUGAAGUGAAACAAAACUUUUUGGAUCCCCUACAGAAUCUAUGUGACAAAGAUUUGAAGGAGAUACAGCACCAUCUAAAAAAACUGGAGGGCCGAAGGCUUGAUUAUGACUACAAGAAAAAGCGUCAAGGAAAGAUACCAGAUGAAGAGCUGAGACAGGCCAUGGAAAAGUUUAUUGAGUCGAAAGAAGUGGCUGAGACAAGCAUGAUUAAUUUGAUUGAUACAGAUGUGGAACAGGUUAGCCAACUGUCAGCCUUGGUUGAAGCACAGCUAGAAUAUCACAGGCAAGCUGUACAAAUACUGGAUGAACUCUCAGACAAGUUGAAGAAUCGCAUGAGAGAGUCCUCUUCCAGACCCCGACGAGAGUUUAAACCUAAGCCACGAGAAAGCUAUGAAUAUACUGAAAGUGAACAAUCCAAUGGUGGCUUCUGCAACCCUGCCAACAAAGUACAAGCUUCAUCAUCUUUCCGCAGUGAAAAGCCUGCAAGGACUAAUAACCGCAGUUCAGCUCCCUUGGAUCAGCCAUGCUGUAAAUCUCUGUAUGACUUUGAACCUGAGAAUGAUGGAGAACUGGGUUUCCGUGAGGGUGAUAUUAUUACGCUUACCAAUCAGAUUGAUGAGAACUGGUAUGAAGGAAUGAUUAAUGGCCAGUCUGGGUUUUUUCCGGUCAACUACGUUGAGAUUCUGGUUCCUUUGCCUCAAUGAAUUCCACUCGGAUUUGCUUAAUAAACUAAAUUAACACUAAGGACCAAAAUUAUGAGGAACUAUAAGCACCUGGCUUCCUGUUUUGAAGAUCUCUCUGGAAGAGCAAGUUUUUUUUAUCAGUUUUAUAAUUCAGUGGCCUGUUACUUCAGGGCACCAUCCAUAAAAUACAUAUUUGUCCGUCCAUCUAGUGCCCCAUCAUCAUUUGGUGCUUAAGAUCUUGCUUUAUUCUAGUAAUUCACUACAUCAGUUACUAUAGUGAACACUAAGUGUCCCCUACAUACAGUUGCCGGGUAAUUUACAAUAUUUUUUAUUCUAACCAGAAUGUGAUUCUCUUCAGAUCUUUAAGUGGUUUGGAUUAUUCCUAAAAUACUGGUUAUCCAUGACCUAAGAUCCUAAGAACCCGGACCAUAAUGCACAACUGCUAAUAGAUUACCUCCCACUGAGUGGGUCAGACCUUUUUCAUUGUCUUUUUACAAAAUACUUUUUUCUUGAAUACCAGCUUCUGCUCCUGUCAAUAUCUAUGUAUAUGUAUAUUAUAUAUAAUCUUUAUAUUCUAUGUAACAUCAUGUAUCUUGGUACAGUUAUCUAUUUUAGUCUAAGAAUUAAUAUUGUGAAUAUAGAGAGACCAUAUGAUCUUCUAGUUUUACUUCUGAAUCUCUUUACCAGUAAUACCAAAAAAUGAAACUUAAUCAUUUAAAUAUAAAUACCAUUUUUCUUUA